AUGAUGACGAAAGAAAACUAAACUAAGAAGCUCAAUAUAAAAUUGUUAAUUUUAGAAAGAAUACUUUAGUUAUAUUAUUUUUCAAGUUUCAAGGAGUAUCAACAAUUUAUUAUUCUCAUAUUGGGAGAAAUUUAAUAUCUAACAUUUCUAUGGGUCCCUCAUUAUUAGUCUUAUUAAAUUGGAUUUUAUGACACUUCAAUAAAUUAUCAAGCUUUUACUAUUUAUUUUACUCGAAUAGAUUAAUUGAUUUACUUUUAAUUUGGCAGAUCUUAAGCACUUUAUUUGGUGGCGCUAAUAACUUAAAUAAUUUUUUUUUUGAUACCUAUCAUUUUAUUAAUUGUUGUAAAACAUAGACAAUAAAUCUUUUAAUAUACAAUUUUUAGAUUAUACUUUAACCUUAGUUCUAUUUAUUGUUAAAUAUUUUUGAUUACUUUUAUUGUUCCCUUUUUAAUUUUUUGCUUAGAUUCUCUUUUAAUAAUUGUAGAAACCUAAAAUUUAUUAAACUAUAUUCAUAUCAUUUUUAUUUGCUUGUCUUUAGGAUUAAUGUUAUUAAUUGCAAUAUUUAUUUCUAUUUUAUGUAAAGAAACAAUCGAUUUAAAAAAGGAUAGAUUUUAAAAAUUAAAUUAAACAUUUUUAGAUUAUGUUAACUUAAUUCUUUAAGUCUUAUAAGUAAUAGUUUAUGCGAUUAUUAAUUCAUAAAAUAAUGCUUUGAUAUUGUAAUGUAUCUUAACUUUAACAAUUUCUUUUAUCAAAAUAUUUCAGAUUUAUUAAUUUUAAUACACAAAUAAUAAAAUUAUCAGCAUUAUUUUAAGUAUAUCUUCAUUUGGACUUAUUCAAUCAAUAGUAAAUCUGAUCAAUACAAUAAAUAAUAUGUAAUAUACAGAAUACAUGAAUUCUAUUAUUAUAUUAUUAGUAGUAGCUUUAUCUAAAAUUUUAAUUGCAAUUUUUACUUUUUAAGAAAACAUUAUGUGCAAUAAUAUAAUGUCAUUAAAACAAUAAUUGCCAGUAAAGUAUUUCUUUACUAAAUUAAUAAAUGAUCAUUUUAAUGAGAAUCAAAAAAAAGUUCUUAAUGCAAUAAUUGUUAGUAGUUUAUCAAAAUUAUAAGAUUAAGAUCUUGAUGAAAUAUAUUUAUAUAAUAAUGAUUAUAGUUUUCUUUCUCCAAAUAAUAUGGAUCAAUUUGUGACUAAAAAAUUAAAGUAAUAUGCCAAAAUUGUUUAAAAAAAUAAAGGAUAUGAUUUACACUAUAUUGCAAUGCUCUAUAAAUAUGGAUUAACUAAUUUAGCUUUAAAUCAAAUAAACAACUUAUUAAAUUCUAUGUUUAAUAAAUCUAAAAGCUAAGGAUUUAUGAUUGAAAGUGACAAUUAUAGUAAAGGAUAAGAAAGUUCAAGUAGAUAAAUUCAUCAUUUAACAAUCUCUAGUAAAUCAAUGAAAUCAAAUUCAGAUGAUGUUAAUGAUUUAGCUAAAAAAGAUUCUUCAUAAAGGAGUAAAUUAAUGAUAUAAGGAAAGCAUUAACUUUCAUAAAUCGAAAUUUCUCGUGCUUUAUAAUUAAAAAAUUAAAUUAAAAGUGAUAUAUAAUUGAGAUUUUAUGAAAAUAAUAAAUCUAAGAAUUAAAUUAAUGAUAUUCAACUUGGAGUGGAAUUAUUUUUAAAAAAUGAAAAACGUAAUUAAAGUCUAAAGAAUACUAUACUCAUUUUAAUAAAUGAAAAAAUAAAAUUUUUAUCUGAAUUUACAAAUAAGAAAAUUCUUGAUUCUGGUAAAAUCUUUGAUUUGGCUAAAAAUAUAAGCAAUCGGCAAAUUAAAGUGGAAAAUAAGAUUUUUUAAAGAUACUAAUAAUUUCCCAGUAAAAAAAUUUAAUCAAUUCUAAUAUUCUAUUAAGCAGAAGUUUUAAACAAUUAUAUAGAAGCUUAUAAAUUUAAAACAUUAACAUCUAUGCCUGAUGAAUAAUUAAUAAAUAUGGAUUCUAAUAUUAAAUCCACAUUUUUUACAAAGAAGGUUGUAUUUUUAAAUAUAGCAUUAGAAGAUAAUUAAACAUUAUCUGUGCAACGAAAGUCAGAAAAUGCUUUGAAGUUUUUUUAAAUACAUCCUGAAGAUGCAAAAUAUUUUACAAAUAUUGAAUUUAUUUUACCAUUAGGUAUAUAGAAUGAACAUAAUCUGUUAGUUUCUAGAUUUAUAUAAACAAGCAAAUCAAAAUUUUAUCUUAAUUCUUAUUAAACAUUUUUUCGUUAUAAGAAUAUUUUAAUGAAAUCAUGUUAGUUUAUUUUCGAUAUUCAUUUUGAUAGUGUGAGUCAUUACAAAUUCUCUGCUUUUUUUUCUGAAAGUGUAAAUUAAUCAGCCUACAUUUUGGUUGAUAUAAACAAUUAAAUAGGGGGAAUAACAGAAAGUUUUUUUGAAAAAAUAGGUUUUAACGAGAAAUAUAUAUCUUUAAUAAAUUCAUUUGAAAACUUUUCUUUGCCAAUAGAGUUAAUACUACCAAAUUUUUAAAAGUUGACUGAUUAAAAAAUUUAGAGUGCGAUUACUGAAUUAAGAUUUGUUAAAGAAGUAUUUAUAAAUAGAGAAGAUUAUGAGAAGAAGCAAUAAAGAUAAUAAUCUUUAACAUCUGGAAAUUGGUCUCAAUUAUAAAAAUUGUAUAUAUUUGAUGCAGAAUUAAUUAUAUCAUAUUUUGAAAUAUAUGGAUAUUACUAUUAUAUGAUAGAAAUAAAAGAUUUAAAAUAAUAAUUCAAUUCAAAAAAAUCUGUAGGAUUAUCAAGUAGAAGUAAAGUAUAAGAAGGUUUAGAACAUUUUUUUGAAUUAUCAGAUUUAUCUGAAAAUGAAGCAGUAGCUAAUUCUCCAAAAAUAUUUAAAGCAGUUAAUUCUAUAAAAUUAAAUGAAGAAAUGAUAAAUUCAGGUGAUGAAAUAGAACUAUUAAAAAAUUAAUUUACUAAACCUAUAUAGAAAUUAUAGCCAGAUUAUAUUACAUUUUAAGAACCAAAUAUUUUAAGUCCUAAUGUAAGUAAUACACCUUGGUAAGAUUCAUCAUAAAUUCCUUUGCAAUUUAAUAAUUAAUAGUUUCAACAAUAAGAUUAUUUUAAUAAAUAAAAAGAUAUUUCAAUAUCAAUGAAUGAAUCAAAAGUAAUUAAUUAAGAUGAAUUAGAUGAAGAUAUAGAUAAAAUGGCAAGUAGGAAAAAUGUAGAUGAAGAGUUCAUAAAAAGAAAAAAAUUAGGAUAAAUAGAAGAACAAUCUUCAUCUAAUAAUGCUCUUAAAGGAAUAAAAAAAUCAUUGUUUUAUAAAAAAUAUGAAAUGAUUGUUUAGCAUGCAGAACCAAUAUAUCCAAAUACUUUAAAAUUAUUUGUACUUUUUUAAGAAUUAACAUAUUUUUUAACAUUAACUUAUUUUUUUAUUAUUUUGAUAGGUGUUUAGAAUGAUUUAAAAAGAUUUAUUGGAGAAAUUGAUAUGAUACAAUUACAUGCAGGUAUAAUGAACCCACAUGAUUUAUAUUUGUAAAUGAGAUAAACAAUAUUUACAUAUUAAGGAUUCUUGGCAGCAGGAAAACUUACUUAAGAUCAAUAUUAAUAAUUAACUAAUCCAUUAUAUGAAAAUAUUGCUAUUGGAUAUUUUGAAUUUAAAGAGGGAUUUAUUUAUUGGUUAAGUAAUGAUUAUUUAACACCAUUUUUUAAAGAUAAAAAUAUAACUGCAUAUUAUAUGUUAAAUGAUGCUACAAAAACCUAUCCAAUUGAAUAAAACAUUCGAGAAGCAUUAAUGGCUACUUUAUCAUAUUAUUAUCAAUUUAAAUUAAGAUUUGAAGCUCGUCUAAGUCCAGCUAAUCAAACCUAUCAAAUUUAUCAAUUUGCUAAUGUUUACAAUUUCCAUUUUUGGCUUGAAGAUUUGACUUUAGAAGUUUUAGAAUAUUCAAAAAGUAGAUGCAAUGAAACUAGUGAUAAAUGGAAUCUAAUUUUGAUUAUUUUUUUAUUUAUAGGAGUUUGUCCUCUAUUAGGAAGUAUCUACUACUAUAGGUUAUAUAGAUCAAAAUUUGAUAAAUAUACUAAUUUAUUUAAGUAUUGUUCUUCUUAUAAAAUGGAUCUAGAAAUUGAAAAGUUAAAAUCAAUCGUAAAAAUUAUUAAUAAGAAUUCAGAAAAUCUAUUUAAUUAUUCAUUCUCUUUAGAGAUUAAAGAAGAUAGCAUUUAAAAAGAAAAAUAGAGGAGUGAUCAUGAUCAACUCAAAGCUAAAGAUAUAAAAUUAUAAUAACAAUUGAAAAACUUAUCUUUUUUCUCAGGGUUUUUCUUCAUCAUUUUUGGAUGGUUAAUAUUUUUAGGAUUAAGCAUUAUAGCAAACAUAUAAAUAGCAGAUUAUUUUAAUAAAUAUUCAUCGACUGCAGAUACAUAUAAGUUAUUAUAAGAUAUGACAUUAUAUGCAGGCACUCUAUUUAGAAAUAGAGAUUUUGGUCUAAAUUUUCCAAAUUUACCUUAUUUAAGAGAUUACGAUAAAGAGAAAUUCUAUGUAACAAUUAAUACAGGUUUAGAUACUAUAAGCUAAUUUUUAGAAUUUUCUUACACUUUUGAUACUGAAAAAUAUUAAGUAUCACAAGAUUUUUUAGAUUUUUUCCUUAAAAUCUAAUAAAAUAAUGUUUGUACAAGUAUUGGUGAUGAGAAUUUAGGAUUUCUAACACAAUAUUGUGAAAAAUCUCUUUAAGGAUCUUUAACUUAAGGAUUAACUUAAACAUUAAAAUUUAUUUAUUCAACCAUAACAGUUUAAAUGGCUAUGAACAAUUUUACUAAAAGAAUAGAAUAUAAUUGGUAUGAGAAUGAAGGUGGAUUGAUAGUUAUGAGAGCAACAUAAAUUAUGAGCAAAUAGUUUAAAGUAGGAAUGGUUAAUGUUACAAAUUAAUAGAUUUAAAUUUCAAAUGUAAAUAUUAAAACUAAUAAAAUUUUUAGAUCAUUUCAAUAAUUUAUUUGAUUUAUUCUAUUCUUCUAAUGAUAUAUUUGGUAUAAUAUUUAUUACCAAAAUUACAAAAAGAGUUACAUUUAGUUCGAAGGUUUAUUUUGUUAAUUCCAACAUCAGUAUUAUUCUUAGAUGAUUAAUUUGAUCGUCAUGUAAGAAUAAUUAUUGCUGGCUAAGAGUAUUGA